AUGAAGAGCAACGUAUUCGUUGGUUUAAAGCCAGGGCCUACCAUUCGUGAUUUAGACCGGUAUUCAGAGUUUGGUUUUGAUUACCUUUUGUUACCUGUAACCAAUUAUAGGUAUAGAGAUCGAGUGAAAAAAGUGUUUAAAGAUUACCUUGCUCGAAGUUUCGAUGUUGGUGGAUUCAAGGCACCUGAACCACAAUUGCAAGAGCUUGGAAUAGCUCCGUUUGUGGGUCAAAAAAACUCUUUAAGGUUUGUAGGACUCAUUUCAUCAUGGCUUGAGCUCGAAAGUGACGAUCCCUUUGUCCAAGAACUCAGUUACCAGGUCUUAGUCAACGAGUAUGAAUACGCAUGUUUUGCAGGUAUUGAACACUUGAUUAUGGCACCACCUCGAAACUUGAAUCGACUCACACAGUAUGCGCAAACGAUAGCACGGCUCUUGGGACGCUUUGACGAAAACUAUCAAUUUAAAAACUCACCUAUCAUCUCAAUUUCGCUGCCGAUGUUUGAAGACACGGAUCCGUUUUCUACUUGGGAGUUAUGGACCACGGUGCGCAAAAGAUGCAAUUAUCAUCCAAAAUUAUGCAUAUCUUUGGCGUUGCCACGAUCUAAAAUGCCUGCACACGUACUUCAGAGAUGGCUUUCAGAACCAGUAGUGUGUCUGCUCGUAUCUUCCUCCAUUUUUGCAAUAAAUCAGUACAACUACCCGGUUCUGAGCAAAUAUAAUCAACAAACCAUCAACAAAUUUCAGCGCAUCAACGGGAACUCUCAAUAUCAAUUUGGAGAAUUCUGCGUUUUUCUGCAUGGUACUGAGAAAUAUGCGUCCACGAUCAAGGGAGAAGAGAGUGCAUUUCUUGAUUACAUCAAUUACCUUCUCAAAAGGGGUGAUGACCGCGCAUUGGCUGAAGGGCUUACUCUUGGAUCUCGUGAGCCUUGUAUUUUACCACCUCUCGAUACUUUAUCGCAGCAUCUUUCCGAUGAAACUUAUAACACAUUUGAAAAGGACAAGAUGAAAUAUGAUCUGUACGAACAGGCCGUGACGCAAGCCCUUGAUGACGUGAUACUUGAACGUCAAGAACAUGUCACAUCGUCUUCUGCGAGUCCAAUCGUCAUUCUCGUUGCCGGAGCUGGUCGUGGACCUCUCGUGGAUAGAGUAUUCCGCAUUUGCAAAACAACGAUUCAACAGCGAGUGCGCAUCAUUGCCCUGGAAAAGAAUCCACAUGCGUUACUCUAUUUACAAAAAAAAAAAUUCGACUCUUGGAAAGACGCAGUGGAGGUUGUGAAGUCUGAUAUGCGGUCAUGGCAAAGCUCUACACAAGUCGAUAUCUGCAUUAGUGAGCUGCUUGGGUCCUUUGGAUGUAAUGAGCUUUCUCCUGAAUGUUUGGCCUCCAUUGAAAAACGCAAUUGCACUCCAUUCACAAAAUUCAUUCCUCAGUCUUACACGUCCUACUUAGCGCCCGUAUCUGCACCUCUCAUUUACCAAAAAUUGAAAUUCAUGAAUGAAGGCGCAUGUUUCGAGAAGCCUUGGGUCAUUCACAACAUACCGCAUGCCACUGUUUCAAGCAAAGUUAAUGAGCUUUGGUCCUUUAAUCACCCAAGCGUAAACUCGACCCAAAGUUUCUCAAAAUUUGUCACUACGGCUUUCAAAAUUAAAAAUAAGGCAGAAGUUCACGGUUUAGUGGGAUAUUUUAGUGCGGUGCUUUACAAAUCCGUAUAUCUCUCAAUUUUGCCCCACGAUUGUUCUAUCAAGUUUGCAGAUGCGCUACCUUCAGCGCAUGAAUUAAAUUCUGAUGAUCAACAAUCCACCCUCUGCCAACAGGUCAAGCGUACUUCUAAUCUUCAAUCCUGGUCCCCGAUAUUUUUUCCAUUGAAGCAACCAAUGUUUGUUACUGACGAUACCGAGUUUGAGGUCUCAAUCUCCAGAAGCAGUAGCUGGGUCGAAGCAAAGUGCUGGUACGAAUGGUGCGUCAGCUCUUUUGUCUAUUUAGUUGCUUCUCAAUCGUCUACUCGCAAAAGUCAAGCCAGCGAGAGACUUUCCGAUAAGGUCCAAAAGCAUUGCGGUACUGGAAUCACGCCACCACCAACUCUCGGAAUUCAAAGCGCUUUUGGCCAAUUCCAACCUUCUUUAGGCUAUUCUAAUGGCAGCGAAAUUGGAACGGAGGAUGGUCUCGAAAGUGAUAUGUUUGAUAAUCCCGAAACAGGCAUGGAUUUUUCAACUCAUCAGCAGUCCGGUUGGCAAAGUCUUAAGGAUGUGCAUGGUCUUGGAGUCUCUACUUUGCCGGUAUUUGACCUGCAGAUGCAGAAUGACGGAAUUCCAUCAGCAAAAACUCCCACGUUAGAUGAAGAAUAUCACGUCAGAGUAAAAACAAGCGCGUCUGAGACGCAUAAUGUCGGGGGAAGGGCUCAUUCGAUGCCACUUGCUUGA